AUGCCCACUGCGUUCGUAACUGUCGGGUCGACAAAAUUUACGCCUCUGAUCAAGGCCGUAGUCUUCGAUGAUUGUCUGAAAGCGCUGAAAAGGGCUGGCUAUGAUACAUUGGUUGUCCAAUGCGGAAACAGCGACGUUGAACCAGGGAAGUGGUCAGCACAAGGCGUAUCGGUAGAUGUCUGGCGAUUCGCACCUUCGAUACAAUCGUUUGUGGAAACAGCUGGUUUGGUUAUAUCACACGCCGGCUCUGGCACGAUUCUUGAUGUCCUCCGGGCCGGAAAACCUCUGAUCGCGGUUCCAAACACGUCUCUCAUGGAUAACCAUCAGGCAGAGCUUGCAAAUGCUCUCUCCAAACAAGGAUACUUGACUGCUUCGACACCCGAAACAUUGCCACAAGUGAUUGCGGCAUUCAGCCCGAAUCACCUAGCACCCUUCCCUGCGUUUGAUGGCUCCAAAUUCCUCAAUAUCGUAGAUGAAGAAAUGGGAUAUAUGUAA